AUGGCUGAAGAACACAACAAAAAACCACUGAAGGCUUUGGAAUCUAUUGGGAAAGAACUCUUAGAUGGAGCUUUGGAUGUAUUGGUGAAAAAAGAUAUUCUGAAAUUGAAGGAAACUGACAAGAAAAAAUUCAAUGAUGCCAAACAUGGAGACAAGGCCCGGGUUUUGGCGAAGGCUGUGCAACAGAAAAGCCAUGAAGCAGGUCAAGUCCUUGUCCAAACCUUUCUUAACACAAACAAAAAUGCCAUCAGCAAUGAAGGUCCUCCAGAAAUGACUGGGCCAGCUGAGUCAGCAGAAACUACAGAUACCCUCAAGCUUUGUCCUCUUGAAGAUUUCCUGAAAGUGUGUAAAGAAAGGGCUAAAGAGAUCUAUCCAAUAAAGGAGAAAACAAGCCGUACUCGCCUGGCUCUCAUCAUAUGCAACAGAGAGUUUGAUCAUCUUCAGCCCAGGAAGGGAGCUGAACUUGACAUCACAGGGAUGGAAGAGUUGCUUGUGGGCCUCGGCUACAGUGUGACUGUGGAAGAGAACCUCACAGCCAAGGAGAUGGAAUCAGUGCUGGUGACAUUUGCUGCCCGUUCAGAGCACAGUACCUCAGAUAGCACAUUCCUGGUGUUCAUGUCUCAUGGCCUCCUGGAUAGACUCUGUGGGACUGGGCAUAGUGCAGAACACCCAGAUGUGCUGCCUUAUGACACCAUCUUUCGGAUAUUCAACAAUCGCAACUGCCCCAGUCUCAAGGACAAGCCAAAGGUCAUCAUUGUCCAGGCCUGCAGAGGUGAAAACCGCGGGGAAACAUGGGUCAGUGACUCUCCAGCAGCCGUGAUGGACAGCUCUUCACAGUCAGCAGAGAGCCUGGAGGACGAUGCUGUUCACAAAGCUCACGUGGAGAAGGACUUCAUUGCUUUCUGCUCCUCAACCCCACAUAACAUAUCCUGGAGAGACCCUAGUACAGGUUCUGCCUUCAUGGCAGUUAAUCAGAUGCUUCAAAGAGUAUUCUUGGCGCCUUCACCUCGAGGAAGUAUUUCGGAAGGUACAAUUAUCACUUGA